ACGCCAUUUUGUGCUGCGGUGAAGUAUUUAGAGCAGCCAGCGGUGUUCGUUCCCGUCCAGUUUGAGAGCCGCAGCCGCCCUGACAGGAGAGAAGCAAACUCUAGCCCCGCUCCCCUCUUCCUCCUCCUUCCCGUAGGCUCCGUAUCUUCUCUCUUUUUCUCCCUUGUUCCCCGGCUUUUCGGUUCUUGCUCAGUCAGUGACAGGCACCAUGUCGACGGAAACCAACGCUCCCGAGUACUCCGCCUUCUUCGCCGUCAUGGGCGCAUCGUCUGCGAUGGUGUUUAGCGCGUUGGGGGCUGCCUAUGGCACAGCAAAAAGUGGCACCGGUAUUGCAGCCAUGUCCGUCAUGAGACCCGAGCUGAUCAUGAAGUCCAUCAUUCCUGUGGUUAUGGCUGGUAUCAUAGCUAUCUAUGGCCUUGUAGUGGCAGUGCUCAUUGCAAACUCCCUGACGUCAACAAUCACAUUGUACAAGAGCUUCCUACAACUCGGUGCCGGCUUGAGCGUAGGCUUGAGUGGUCUUGCUGCUGGAUUUGCCAUUGGCAUCGUCGGCGACGCAGGAGUCCGGGGAACAGCGCAGCAGCCCCGACUAUUUGUCGGCAUGAUCCUCAUCCUCAUUUUCGCUGAAGUCUUGGGUCUGUACGGGCUCAUCGUGGCUUUGAUCUUGUCCACAAAAUGAAGAAACCACCUGAACAAAAUGCUCUGGAAGUCGCCACUUACAAAUGGUUUUAUCUCGUGUACAGUCAUUCUUCAUUCACCCCGAUUCAGUAGUUUCUCUUUCCCCCACCCUGAACCCUGUUACUCCGCCAUUGUAAGUUAGUGACUGUUGUGUGUAAUACUUUAGCUAUACUCCUUCAGUUGGACUUGAGGUUGUUAAAAGUCCAGACGCCAGGCUGGGAAGCAGUUGUCACUUCCCUCACGUGACUUCCUUCUGCGUGCAGUGUUCUUUUUUCCCCCCAAAACCACUUCUGGAUGUUUCCUUAAAAGUACCAUGUAUAAAUAUGAUCUAGAAUUGUAACUUUCCCAUUCCAGUUAAUGUUUUAUUUAUAAAUAUAAAGGAAAUCAUUGUUCAUACUUAAGAAUGAGCCAGUUCUUCCCUCUGAAACCUAUUCCAGUCCUCCUUUUUGCUGCGUAAAUAUUUAAUCUAUAGCUGUGUAUCUGUGUGGGGUUUCCUUGUAAGUGCUGAGAAUUCCCUGGAUGUAUAAUUUGGUUCAAGAUUGCUGUACUGUUCUGCCAUUGGAGUGAGGUCUCAUGAUAUAUAUAUUUUUGUUUUAAUACAAGGAACAAAUUGAUUCCCGUCCCGUGUCAACUGGUAACCAAAACAACCAUUUAAAAGAAAACCUUGUAUAUGGCACCUGCUGCUGGGUAUCAGUUACACAUUUCCAAAUAAAACAUCUCCAAUA